AUGACUUCCCAAUCAAAAUGGGAUAUUUUGGAUGUAGUCAAAGCGUGCGAUAAGUAUGCACCCCGCUUGAGUACACUGUUUUUGUUAGCUGACAAUCUUGACGUGGCGGGAAGCUUGCCGCACGACUUCUCAUCUCAUCCGGCUGAGGCGGCAGGAAGCUACAUAUUCAGUUUGAACGGCUUUAAUCAUGCUCUGGGCUAUAUCCCACAGUCAAUCGUUGAGACAGUUGUUUGGUCUGACUCGUGGUCAAUAGACCACCAGCAGCGAUCGGUAACCUUGUCCGCUCCCGGUACUGCAACAACCCAUGAACGGUCCAUGAUUGUUGAAGAAAUGCUCCAGAAAAACAGAGAGCUUGGUACUAUCUCAUUACUUCAAAACUGGCGAAACGAGACUUUCCCAGUAUAUGGCCCCGAAGGACACGUCCUGUUGCACAUUGAGCGGUGUGCAAGUGCCUUGUUUGGAAUUGUGACAUAUGGAGUACAGCUUAUCUGCUAUGUGAACCACGAAGAAGGACCUCGGCUUUGGAUUGCGAAGAGAUCGGGAAAAAAGCAAACCUACGCAGGCAUGCUUGAUACAACUGCAGCUGGCGGCUUAGGAUCUGGAACGGUGCCGAUCGACGCUCUGAUUUCUGAAGCCGAAGAAGAGGCGUCGAUACCGGCGGACACAGUGAGAGCGAAAGCUGAACCAAUGGGUGAACUCACCUAUUUUCACAUCCGUGGGGACCAAGCGGGCGGAGAAAGCGGACUGUUCCAGCCAGAGGUAGAGUAUACCUAUACCAUGGAAUUGGAUCAAGAUUUCACCCCAAAGCCAAAGGAUAUCGAAGUAGAGUGCUUCGAAUUGUUCACAGUUGGGGAAGCCUUGAGUGCUUUAAAGCAGGGACUUUUCAAGCCGAACAGUGCUAUUGUCAUCGUUGAAUUCUUCAUUCGACGUGGCAUCUUGACCCGUGAAAAUGAGCCUCACUAUGAUGAGAUCAUGUUACAUCUGCAUCGAAAGCUCGAAUUUCCCAUUUCCAUACAGUCCCCUCUUUAA